AUGGAUCGUGCUCAAAAUUUCAAUCAAAAAAUGCAAAAAAGAAAACUGAGUUUUUACCUGCUACUAUUUUUAGGCUUAAUUGUGCUGUGGAAACUUGCAGUAAUUGAAUCAGGCAUAGACAAGUUACAAAUGUUCAAAGAAGCCCUAGAGCUUCACAAAGACAAACUACACUUGUCGGAACAACAAGCUUUGUUGCUCGAACAAUUGGAAUCUGACCGCAAUCGGAAGUUUCCCAUAAUCUAUUGUAUAACACCUACUUAUUGGCGUUACGUGCAAAAAGCUGAGCUAACUAGAAUAUCACAAACCCUCAAAUUAGUUCCAAAUGUCCAUUGGAUUGUGAUCGAAGAUGCCCUAGAAAAAAGUAAUUUAGUCAGAAAUCUUAUUGCUGAAUCCAAGCUGAUAGCAACUCAUUUAGUAGCGCAAACUGCACCAUUUGAAAAACUUAAAGACAAGAAUCCCAAAGCAAGAAGACAUAGAGGGGUAGAGCAAAGGAACGCAGCCCUGAAAUGGCUACGUGACAAUCUGACUUUGGGCAAAGACAAAGGAGUUGUUUAUUUCAUGGACGACGAUAACACUUACAGUAUUAAAUUGUUUGAUGAAAUUGCAAAAGUGAAAAAAGUUGGUGUAUGGCCUGUGGGACUUGUUGGGGGCCUCAAUGCUGAAAUUCCCAUCGUACAUUCAGAAACUGGUAAAGUAACUGGUUAUAAAAGCGGUUGGUUACCUAACCGUCCAUUCGCCAUCGAUAUGGCAGGAUUCGCCAUCAACUUGGACCUAAUCCUAACGAAAAAAGAAGCCAAUUUUUCCUACGAAAUGGCCAAAGGUUUGCAGGAAAGCGAGUUUUUAGGUUAUUUCACCACGAAAGAGGAUCUGGAGGCUUUGGCCGAUUUGUGCACCAAAGUUUACGUGUGGCAUACCAGAACUGAAACGCCUAAAAUUUUUGGUACUGUACCAGGUUUGGAGGUGUAA